CCUGAGGGAGCUGACGAGUCGGACCGGCUCCACAACUAAGAAUCCAGCAGCGGCAGCAUCUUGACAGACCUGACUUCAUUCUGCCUCCAGACACAUCACAGCUCACAUGGAUCCUGGUUUCAGCUCUGAAGCUGCUUGGACGUGGAGGAUCGGAGAAUGAAUGGGUUUCUGGAGGACUGUGAGGACUUACUAUGAUGUUCCAACCAUCUUGAAGCCGUUUGUUCAUCUCCUGGGUGAGGAGCUUCUGUCUAGUCUGGGGUGUACGUACACAUGGUGAAGGGGGUUCUGACCUGCUGCUCUGUGUAUGGAUCAACUCUGUGGUCAUGACCCUGUGGCAGACUCCAGCUUGCCUCAUCAUGAUGGUUCUGCUGGACUCGAUAAACGAUGUGUGGACGUUAGCGGCUCCGGGCUCCGUCACCAUGACGUCCGUGGACAGGACUCACACACUGACAUGGAUCCCCCCAGAGACGCCCUGCAACACUACGAUCCUGUACUCCGUCCAGUUCCAGGGGGAAUUUGAGCUGAUGGUUCUGAACGGCAGCUGGGUGGACUCCUCCGACUGCCAGCGGGUCCCUCGCACUCACUGUGACCUGACCUUUGACCUGGGCUCCGACUCCGACUACAACAUCCGGGUCAGAGCUCAGUGUGGUUCUGAGGCCUCGGCCUGGUCCAAGCUGAGCCCAACAUUCAACCGGCGACACACCGUCCUGAUGGUGCCAAACAUGAAGGUGGAAGCGAUGGGGACGGGUCUCCAGGUCUCAUUCUACGAGCUUCCUGUCGCUGCUGCAGCAAAAGUGACUGUGUGGAAGAAAGACGACAAGCAGCAGCUGCCUGUCUUCCAGGAGUCCGUCUACUCGGUUCCAGUUCAGCUACAGGUUCCUGGUCUGCAGGAAGGAGCCAAGUACUGUGUCAUGGCCCAGGUUGUUCUGAUCCAAAGGGUUCUCAGCAGCACCGAAGCUCAAUGUGUUACCAUCCUAGCCAAAGACGCUCAGUGGAAAACUCCGACCACAGUGACUGGAACCGUCAUCAUCAUGUCGGGGCUCCUGUUCGUCGUGUUCUGGUCCAUCGUCCACUGUCAACCACAUCACUGCCGGGCGUAUUUUACCAAGGAGCCACUGCCCCAGUCACUGCAUAUUGAGGACGUUCAAAUCCGGAUGAGACCUGAGGAAACAGAACUUUGUGAUCGGGUCCACUUGGUGCCGAGCAAUAAGGACUGACCACGGGUUGAUCCAACUGGCUCAUGGAGCUACUAUAUGGAUACAUGGAUGUUUACCAUAAGCUGGUGAUGAAGUCAAACCAAAGCAAACAACUUGAGCCACUGUCACAAUCAAGCCCGAAGAAACCAAAUGCCAAGAGUCCAACUCUGAACUUGAAAUAAAUCCUUGACCUCAUCAGGAGACAGAGUUUUUCAGUUCGUUAGUGUAAAAUGAAGGAAUUUGUCCCACAAAAUGUCUGAGAGCUUCAAAGGAUGUCACCAAAGAUUUUGUGUUUCUUGUUUGUUUUAUAAUUUUGUUCUGUAAUUCUAGAUCUACAGUAAGUCUGUGUUAUAUUUUGUGAAGUACUGUUAAAUUAAAUUCACAUAUGACAAGCUUA